AAUAUGGACUUGAAAUUACCCAAGUACGAAGUGCUAGAAGAGAGUCUGACGAAAAAAAUGCUUGAGAAAUUUAAAGGCGAAAGAACAGGUUGGGUUAAGGUCGGCGAAAAGGGAUAUUUUUUUCCUCAUCGCUACGUGGAACAGGGCGAAGGAUUUUACAAGUUCAAGGCCAGAUCUAGCGACACGUGGGUUUUGUCCUAUCCCAGAUCAGGUACCACAUGGACCCAAGAAUUGGUUUGGUUGAUCAGCAAUAAUUUGGACUUUGAUACGGCCAAUAAGCGUUAUCUUUCUGAGAGAUUUCCAUUUUUGGAAUUCAGCAUGUUCAAUCAUCCAGAGGUGACGCAAGAAUUUGUCAAAUUGAACGAGGGCGACAAGGAGAAGAAAAAACUUUGCAAAGAAAUUUCCAAACCCGGAUACGAGGUUUUGGAGAAUCUUCUUUCACCGAGAUUCAUCAAAUCCCAUUUUCCACUUAGUUUGUUGCCCGGAAUUCUCGACACUGGAUGCAAAAUAAUAUACGUUGCUCGGAAUCCGAAAGAUGUUGCGGUCUCAUGGUACCAUCUCAAUCGAGCUAUCAGCACACAAGGCUACGAAGGAAAUUUUGAGGAAUUCUGGAAUUAUUUUCGAAACGAUUUAACCCCGUGGAGUCCUUAUUGGGAACACCUUAAGGAGGCUUGGGCUCAGAGACAUCAUCCAAAUUUACUUUUCUUGUUUUACGAAGACUUGCAAAUGGAUUUCCGGGGAGCGAUUGAAAGUGUUUCGAAAUUUCUCGGCAAAUCUUACAACGCCGAGGAAAUAUCCCAACUCAUGAAUCAUCUUGAUAUCAAAAAUUUUCGCCAUAAUCCAAUGGUCAAUUCAUCGGAAUUGCGAGCUUGUGGAAUUAUCACUCCUGGAAAUUUUGUGAGAAAUGGAAAGUCAGGAGGAUGGAAAGAAACUUUCACGGAUACGCUCGAAGCCAGUGCCGAUACGUGGAUCGAGGAAAAUCUCAAAGAUACUGACCUCAGAUUCCCUCAUUUUAGUGCGAAUAACAACAAUGAAAUCAUUUUGACAGAUUCGAUAUGUCACGUAGGAAAGACGAUAAAUUGCAAGCAAUGACCCGUUAACAUCGUGUCACUUACAUAUUGUUUGAUUAUUGCAAUGUUUCAGUAUUCAUCCGAGGGGGAAUGCUAAUUAAUUUGAAAAUUUACACUCAAUUUCAAUGCUCUUUUAUACAUUUUUCAAGUUUCCUUUCGAACUGG